AAUAAUGGCAAAGGAUUCAAUAUCGAUCCCGCAGGAGGACUUUAACCAGCAGGUUCCGAGCGGUGCCAGUGGCGGUAGUUUUGAGACUGAAGAAGGAAAGACCCAACCGAGGCGGGGACUCUGCAAGUGGUUCAACGUGAUCAAGGGAUGGGGUUUCAUCACACCGGACGACGGUGGACAGGAUGUGUUUGUUCAUCAGAGCGUUCUUCAGAUGGAGGGAUUUCGAUCGCUGGGGCAAAAUGAACCGGUGGAGUUUGAAGCCAAGUUGACUGAUAAGGGAUACGAAGCGACCAAGGUCUACGGGCCGUCACUGAGUCAGUGCAAAGGCAGCGAAUUUAGGCCACGUGCCAAGCGGAAGUACCGGAAGAUGAGAUGCUACAAUUGCGGUGAAUUUGCCAACCAUAUUGCUCAGAUGUGCGCUUUGGGUCCUCUUCCGAAACGGUGCCACCAUUGCAAGGGCGAAGACCACUUAGUAGCGAACUGCCCGAGUAAGCCAGCGGGUAUUUCCAAGACUGUCGUCAGACUCGUCGUGAUAAUGCGUAUCUCCGGUCUGAUCUACGAGGAAACCCGAGGUGUGCUGAAGGUGUUGCAGGAAAACGUCAUUCGUGACGCUGUUACCUACGCUGAAGACGCCAAGCGUACGCUCUGA